AUGUCUCGGACUCCCAACUACGAGUUCCAGGAAUGGUGGAACAAGCAGCGUGAGAAGAACAACCAUGUCGAUCCCCUACACGAAUCCAAGCUCGACCACUCCCACUCCGCAGCUCCGCUGUCCUACACCACCCUCGACAUCGACUCCUCCUCCUCCGCCACCGCCGCCAAAAAAGAACGCUCCCGGAGCGCCCGGCAACUCUCUUGGGUAUGCCUUCUCAAAUUCCAGCAGCUCGCCGCGUCGCUCGGCUGGCUCUCCGGCGGGGUCAUCCACCUCUUCCGCACGGCGAACCGCCGGAUCGCCGACUCCGCGUCGCUGCGCAGCGACUCGUCGCGGCUCUACCGCGCGAUCCGAGUGUUCCUCGUGGUGGUGAUCGUGCUCUUGGGGUUCGAGCUCGUCGCUUAUUUCAAGGGGUGGCAUUUCAGCCGCCCCGAUCCCAGUGACUUUCUGGGCUUGCUCGCCGUCGCUUACGCCGCGUGGCUCGACAUCCGCGCCCGGUACUUGUCGCCGCCACUGCAGAGCCUGGCGAAUUUGUGUACCAUUUUGUUCAUCGUGCAGUCGGUGGACAGGGUCGUUUUGAUCUUGGGGUGCUUCUGGAUCAAGUUUCGGAGGCUCAAGCCUGUAGCCAGUGUGGAUUACGAUAGUGGGGGUCAUAGCGUGGAGGAUUUCCCAAUGGUGUUGGUUCAGAUUCCCAUGUGCAAUGAAAGGGAGGUAAGAAUAUGUAGGUUGCUUUGUCCUUUUGGAACUACCUAA